CUUGUGCCUCACUAACCGCUGCGAUGGACUUAACUAAGUUAACUAACUGAUUUCUAGCGAGCUUACAUCAUCCGUCAUAGGCGCCCCUCAUAAAUUACAAUGCGGCUGCCACCCCACUGUGCCUGACGAAUUUUGUUAAACACCCCGCUGGACUUGGACGGCAAAUCUACCAGCCUCAAGGUAUGUAACGUCGUUUAUCCCUACUGUUAUUUCUAGUUUUAGAGGCAGUUCAUUCUUGACUUCCAAGUAUUUCGUGGCGUUCCCCUUCACCUCAAUUAGUCAGCCCAUGGAAACCUCCUUUUCUCAAAUCAUGGCACUAACGUUUGAUCAAGAACCAGGUGGCCAAUCUACAAGUUUCAAACUAGGGCCAUACAGUACCGUUGCCCUCCCCCAAAAUGAGCGCGGUCCAGCAGGCGAAUGAGGCGGAGAAGAAUAUUGAGAUAUGGAAGAUCAAGAAGCUCAUCAAGCGCCUUGAGGCUGCCCGAGGAAAUGGAACGUCAAUGAUUUCUCUCAUCAUCCCUCCUAAGGACCAGGUAUCCAGAGCGGCAAAGAUGUUGGCUGAAGAAUUCGGAACUGCCUCUAACAUCAAAUCUCGUGUAAACCGUCUUUCUGUACUCUCCGCCAUUACGUCUACCCAGCAACGUCUGAAACUUUAUAACAAAGUUCCCCCAAACGGCCUAGUUGUCUACUGUGGUGAAAUCAUUACUUCUGAAGGAAAGGAAAGAAAAAUUAACAUCGAUUUCGAGCCCUUCAAGCCAAUCAACACGUCUCUUUACCUCUGUGACAACAAGUUCCAUACAGAGGCCCUGAGUGAACUGCUUGAGUCAGACCAGAAAUUUGGUUUCAUUAUUAUGGAUGGUAAUGGUGCUCUUUUCGGUACCUUGAGCGGUAAUACAAGAGAAAUCCUCCAGAAAUUGAGCGUUGAUCUACCUAAGAAACACGGUCGUGGUGGUCAGUCUGCCCUGCGUUUCGCGCGUCUUCGUGAGGAGAAGCGUCAUAAUUAUGUCCGAAAGAUUGCCGAGUUGGCUGUGCAGAAUUACAUCACCAACGACAAAGUUAACGUUGCCGGUCUCAUCCUCGCCGGUUCUGCCGAUUUCAAAAACGACUUAAACCAGUCCGAUAUGUUUGACCAGCGACUACAAGCGAAGGUCAUAAAAGUCGUUGAUGUGUCAUACGGGGGGGAGAAUGGUUUCAACCAGGCGAUCGAGCUCUCAUCUGAGACUCUGAGCAAUGUGAAGUUCGUCCAAGAAAAAAAGCUUAUCGGAAAAUACUUCGAAGAAAUCAGUCAGGACACAGGGAAGGUCUGCUACGGUGUCGAGGAUACCCUGAAGGCCCUAGAACUAGGCGCGUGCGAAACCCUGAUCGUGUACGAAAACUUGGAUAUCACUAGAUGGGUUCUUAAGAACUCCGAGGGUUCCGAAGUGACUGUCCAUACCACCAAGGCUCAAGAGGACAAUAAGGAGUUCUUCCUUGACAAAGAUACUGGUGCAGAAAUGGAAAUCGUGGACCAAGGUUCCUUCCUUGAGUGGCUCGCCGAAGGAUACAAGGACUUUGGAGCCACGUUGGAGUUCGUUUCGGACAAGUCCAGCGAAGGAAAUCAGUUUGUUAAGGGCUUUGGUGGUAUCGGAGCAAUUCUCCGGUACAAGGUUAAUUUCGAACAACUUGCUGAUUAUGAUGACGAGGAUGAAUUUUACGACGGUAAGCGCAAUUGGCGCCAUUUUUGUCGAUUUCGUGCUAACAAUAACCCUUCCAGAUUGACGGUUCAGCGGCCUCGCAGGGAGCGAGGAUGAAAGGCCAAAAGUUUCCAAAACGGAUCUUUUGACGGCUCGCCCGAUGCAUUAUAAACGCGGCUCGGAAGGCGAAACCGUAGCUUUCGCGGUGGAUACCGUGAUGCGACCUGGACAAAGCUUUGUGCAGCUGCUCAGAGGUAUGCCUUCAUAUCUUUAAUUUGAUAUGUUUUGUUUUAACACGCUCUAGGGCCAUCCAACCUCCGUAGCAUGGUCACCAAUGUUGCCUACACAUUCUAGGCCAACGACCAGGUGUAAUUCGCAAAAGGAUGGUGGAUUCGUUACGCA